AUGAGCCGCAUGACCACGGACGCUGACAACAACAUCGUGCUGUCCCCAGAGAAGCCUACAGCUGCGGUGGUUUUCCUGCACGGUCUGGGCGACACAGGCCACGGCUGGAGCGACGCCAUGAUGAUGCUGGCCAAGGGUUUGCCACACGUCAAGUUCGUGCUGCCUACGGCUUCAUCGAUGCCGGUGACUCUCAACAUGGGAAUGCGCAUGCCUGCGUGGUACGACAUCAAAUCUCUGGCUCGCGUGAAUGGAGACAACGCUGACGGCAUCGACGCCUCUCGCGACCGCAUCAUGACGAUCAUCGAGAAGGAGGUGGCGGCGGGGAUUCCCUUGUCGCGCAUCGUGCUGGGGGGAUUCAGUCAGGGCGCAGCGCUAUCGCUCUUCUCGGGUUACCAGACCAAAACAGUUGUGGGAGGGAUUAUCGCAAUGUCUGGAUACUUGCCUCGCUACGCUUCGUUCCAGCUUGCCCCGGAGACGGUGGACGUGCCGCUGCUUAUGUGUCACGGCGAGCAGGACCCCGUGGUGCGCUUCGACUACGGCAACAUGUCCAAGGAGAAGCUGGAGACGGCAGGUGUGAAGAACAUCGAGUUCCACUCGUAUCCGGACAUGGAACACGGCGCCUGCAUGGAGGAGCUGGACGACGUGACCAAGUGGCUCCAACGCGUUAUCCCUGAGACACAAAAGUAG